UAUUAUUCUUUGUGCCUACAAUCCAGUGUCAAAUUUGGGGGCUGCCACAACUCACAAAACAAUAGUGGCAAAAUCACAGGCGGAGAGUGCCGCCAACAAAACAAUAAUGGCAAAUUCACAGGCGGCAAUCUGCAACGUCUUCGUCUACGGCAGCCUUCUAGCGGACGACGUCGUUCGGGUUCUCCUCAGCCGCGUUCCUCAUUCUUCCCCGGCGGCCCUCCACCACCAUCAUAGAUUCAGCAUCAAGGGGCGUGUGUAUCCUGCAAUCCUACCUGUAGAAAACAAGAAAGUUAAUGGAAGGGUUCUCCUGGGGAUCACUCUUCCCGAAUUGGAGAUCCUUGAUAACUUUGAAGAUGUUGAAUAUGAGAGGAGGACUGUUGAUGUUUCUUUGAUGGAUGGUUCUGAGAUCGUUCAAGCUUAUACAUAUGUUUGGGCAGAUAAAACUGAUCCAGACUUGUAUGGAGACUGGGACUUUGAGGAAUGGAAGCAAGUGCACAUGAAAGACUUCAUGAGAAUGACGACGGGGUUUAUGGAAGAAAUGGAACAACCGAAAUCGAAGACAAGGGUGCAAACUUUUGAAUCCUUCAACAAGCAAGACGUAAGUUGAACAUUAGUAGAACGGACCAGUUUAUCACUGUAUUUUCUUUCUUUCUNUCUUUUAAACAUAUAUGUUACCUUAAUCUCCCGCCACUUGUAGUAAAAUUUAGAUAUCUAUAGACCCUACUCUUGUGAGAUUUUACUGGGGGGGGGGGGGUUGUGUCGUUAUUACAACAAGUGUAAUUUAUUACGUUGCGUAGCGGGCUAUAUGCUACCGAGUACCCGUAGUGAAUAAUUGGUGUGGAGGAAUUGAAUGGGAUUUUACUCCCUUUGCAAAUUUACAAAUUUCUACCGGAUUAAACUCGAGAAGUUUUG